GUAUCCGAACUCGUAUCGGGCGCUCGAAAGGGGAAGGGGAUUUACCUGUCUGUCUAUCUAUCUAUCUACCGUGUAUUGGGCGGCGAUGGCUGUAAUUUCGGGGAGAAUGGGGUCGGUUUUGAAUCCGGAGGCGGCGCCGUACGUGCCGGGGGCGUACCGGGCGGUGGAGGACUUCUCGGCGGAGUGGUGGGAGCUCGUCCACUUCUCCCCCUGGUUCCGCGACUACUGGCUCCGUGAGUGCUUCCACGAGCCCCAGAAUGACCCCGACUCUUCCGACAUUUACGACCCUGCCCUCCCCGACGACAUCGACUCCCUCUUCUACCCUCCCCACCAGGAGGAGGAAGAGGAGGAGGAGGAGGAGGAGAGGGAAGAGAAGCGUCGUGAUGAUAAGAUGAAGUGGGAGGUGAUGACUUGGGGAGCGGAGAAGUGGAAGGGGCGGCGUGGCUUGUGGGAGGAAUCGAAGUAUGCGGAGAAGGCGCCUAAGAUUGUGAAGGUUAAGGUGAGUCCGAGGACGAUCCAGCAGCCGACGAGGUAAGAGCGUGGCCGUGCAAGAAAGGAAAGGAUGGGAAGUUGGGAGCUGAGGACUGCGUUGCUUGUGUGCAUUUGUGUUGGAUUUGGUCUGUACAUACGUUUUCUAAUUGCUUACUCGCAAAUAAAAGAUCAAGGAAAGAAGUCGAUUCUUGUCCCUGGCCAAUCUUCUUUCCCCCUAUCGCCCUUUUCUACUGCUGCUUGCCCAGCCUUCUGUGGCCAUGUUUUGUUUACUUGUUAGUCUCUAAUGUAUAAAUUAUAUAAAACACUUGUUUUGGACAUC